UAAAACCAACAUGUCAUAGAAACUAAUUUCUUUUUCUUUUUAUCUUGUUAUCUACAUUUAUACAAUGUCUGAUUUCAUUGUCAAUUACACUACUUCUAAAGGACUCGUUUUAAAACUUCAAACGGGUCUUUUUAUCAACAAUGAAUUUGUUGCUGGAGAAAAUACUUUGAAUACCAUUAACCCUGCUACAGAACAAGUAAUUUGUGCCGUGCAAGCUGCUGAAGGCAAACAAGUAGAUGCAGCAGUAGAUGCAGCUGAAAAGGCAUAUGAACAAGUAUGGAGCAAGACUACACCACAAGAGCGACAACGACUCAUGCUCAAGCUUGCUGAACUGAUUGAUCGUGAUGCUGAAGAACUGGCUUGGAUUGAAACUAUUGACAAUGGCAAAGCAAUCACAUUCUCUCGUUAUGCCGAUGUCAAAGGGAUUGCUAAAACCUUACGUUACUAUGCUGGCUAUACUGACAAGAUUCAUGGCAAAACAUUUGGUACACCAGGUGCACUAUCAUAUACACUUCAUGAACCUAUUGGUGUAACAGCAGGUAUUAUUCCUUGGAAUUUCCCUUUGGUGAUGCUUGGUUGGAAAUUAGCACCGGCCUUGGCGACUGGCAACGUGGUAAUCAUCAAAACGUCAGAAUUGACACCCUUGUCAGCACUCAAGGUGGCGACCCUGAUCAAAGAAGCUGGUUUUCCUCCUGGUGUGGUGAAUAUCAUUACAGGCUAUGGUCAUUUGGCAGGUGAAGCAUUGGCACGUCAUCCAAAGGUGGGCAAGAUCGCAUUCACUGGCUCUACCAACGUUGGUCGAUUGAUUCUCAAAGCGGCGGCAGAAACCAACCUCAAAAAGGUGACCUUGGAACUCGGUGGCAAGUCACCCAAUAUUAUAUUUGAUGAUGCUGAUUUGGACAAGGCCAUCAAAUGGGCACAUCGUGGUAUUUUCUUCAAUCAAGGACAAAUCUGCUGUGCAGGUUCGCGCAUCUAUGUUCAAGAAGGUAUUUACGACACAUUUAUCCAGAAAUUCAAGCAAUAUACUUCCAAGGGUGUAUUGGGUGAUCCUCAAAAGGAAACGACAUUCCAAGGUCCACAGAUCUCGCAACAACAAUUGGAUCGCAUCAUCGGCUAUGUGAACCAAGGACAAAAAGAAGGCGCAACUCUUUAUCAUGGUGGCAAACGUAUUGGCAACAAGGGAUACUUUAUUGAACCUACCAUCUUUACCGAUGUCACUUCCCAAAUGAAGAUCGUGCAAGAAGAGAUUUUUGGUCCUGUGGUGGUGAUUGGCAAAUUCAAAGAUGAGGAAGAUGCUAUCAAAUUGGCUCACGAGACGACUUAUGGUUUGGCUGCUGCUGUGUUUACGGAAAAUGUUACCCGUGCUGCGAGGAUAUCCAGUCGAUUACAGGCUGGCACUGUUUGGGUCAAUUGUCUUUUGGAAUUGGAAGAAAAUACUCCUUUUGGUGGUUACCGUCAAAGUGGUAUUGGUCGUGAAUUAGGUCCUUAUGGAUUAGAAAACUAUCUUCAGGUGAAAACUGUCAAGAUCAAUCUCAAUCGCGAAGCUUAAUUAGGUAUUUUAUGGUUUUAAUUUAAAGAAAGGUUGUAUGAUACUUUGAUCUUUCUGAUUGUCAAUAAAGUAUUCUUUUUAUUUUAUAUCAUCAUCUAUUUCUUAGGAUAAUUUUGAUAAAUUAUCUCAUCUUUUUCUUUCUUCACCUAUGAACACCACUUGAUAUUGUAUCAAUGCUUUUACAUUAUUCAUUAUCCAUUACACAUUGUCCCAUCAUUAUCAUAACCAGUCA